GACAGCUGGCAGUCGAUUGAAUUUUCCAUUCGUGUCACCAUCGGCAGCGAAAAUGUUGAAAUUCACAGUAAUUUUUUAAAAUUUACGGUGUUACGCGUUGAAAAAGUUUGUUCCUCGAAGGUAUUCGUUCUCUAGAUUAUUGCCCCCAGAUAUUUCAGGUUCUGACUGUGGAGUAAUAAAAAACCCUCAUCAAUAUGUCUUCGUCGGCUAUCUUCAUUCUGGAUGCCAAAGGGAAGGUUCUGAUUUCCCGGAACUACCGGGGCCACAUCGAUAUGGGCGUGAUCGAUAAGUUUAUGCCCCUGUUGAUGGAGAAGGAAGAGGAAGGCCUUAUCACGCCCAUUCUGCAGACUUCGGAGUGCACCUUCGCCUAUGUCAAGACCAACAAUCUGUAUCUGGUUUCGGUCACCCGGAGCAAUGCCAACAUAGCGCUGGUUUUCGUGUUUCUCCACAAGUGUGUUCAGGUGUUUACGGAGUACUUCAAGGAACUGGAAGAGGAAAGCAUCCGGGACAAUUUUGUCAUCAUUUACGAGCUGAUGGAUGAAUUGAUUGAUUUCGGCUAUCCGCAAACGACGGACAGCAAAAUCCUGCAGGAGUACAUCACCCAGGAGGGUCACAAACUGGAAAUCCAACCGCGCAUUCCGAUGGCCGUCACCAAUGCUGUUUCGUGGCGUUCCGAGGGCAUCAAGUAUCGAAAAAAUGAAGUGUUUCUGGAUGUAAUCGAGAGUGUGAACCUGCUUGCCAAUGCAAAUGGAAACGUACUUAGGAGCGAAAUCGUUGGAGCAAUCAAAAUGCGGGUCUAUCUGUCGGGCAUGCCGGAACUUCGGUUAGGGUUGAACGAUAAGGUCCUCUUCGAGAGCACCGGUCGUGGCAAGUCCAAAUCGGUGGAACUAGAGGACGUCAAGUUUCAUCAAUGCGUUCGGUUAUCUCGAUUCGAGAAUGACCGUACCAUUUCCUUCAUUCCACCGGAUGGCGAGUUCGAGCUGAUGUCCUAUCGGCUAAACACCCACGUAAAGCCGCUGAUCUGGAUUGAGUCGGUCAUCGAGCGUCAUGCCCACAGUCGGGUUGAGUAUAUGAUAAAGGCCAAGUCGCAGUUCAAGCGACGAUCAACGGCCAAUAAUGUGGAGAUCGUGAUUCCCGUCCCGGCCGAUGCCGAUUCACCAAAGUUCAAGACCACCAUUGGAAGCGUUAAAUACGCACCGGAACAGAACGCCAUCACUUGGACCAUUAAAUCAUUCCCUGGUGGCAAAGAGUACUUAAUGCGGGCCCAUUUCGGACUUCCGAGUGUAGAGUGUGAGGACAGUGAGGGCAAGCCGCCGAUUCAAGUGAAAUUUGAAAUUCCCUACUUCACCACGUCAGGAAUUCAGGAGAAGUGCAAAGGGCCUUAA